AAAAAUGUUUCGAUUAUUUUUAAUAUUUGUUUUUGGAAUCAUUAUUAUGUGUAUCUAUAAUCUUUGCGUUGUAGAUUUUACUCCGCAAGAAUUUCGUUUGACCAUUAGUUUACUUGUUUGUACGCUUUUUCUUUUUGUAAUCGCUUGCAUUAUUAAUGUAAACGGUUCAUUUUAAAUAUAUUUUAAAAUAAAUUAAAUAAAGAUUUCUAAUAAUAUUCCAUGUUUUUAUUUUUAGAAAACAAAUGGCAAACAUUGAAAAGCUUAAGAUCCAAGCUCUUCAAAUCACUGGAGCAAAUUACAUAGCAUGGACCACUGAUGUGGAACUUCAUUUAGAUUCGCAGAAUCUAUUGGAGACGAUAAAAGAGAAAAAUGAAUCACCUGCCAAUGAAAAGGCGAAGGCGAUAAUUUUUCUAAGAAAGCAUCUAGAUGAAAAUCUGAUGCAUGAUUAUGCAAAUGUAAAAGACCCCGUGGAGUUGUGGAAAGCUUUAAAAAAUAGGUUUGACAACCAGAAAGCAAUAACUCUCCCACAUGCCCUUGACGAAUGGGCAAAUUUGAGGUUCCUAGAUUUUAACAAGGUAGCACAGUAUAAUUCUACCAUGUUAAGAAUCGUGGCUCAAUUGGAAUACUGUGGUAAGAAAGUGAGCGAAGACGAAAUGCUCAAUAAAACCUACCUUACAUUCCAUAAGGAGCACUAUGUUCUUGCAGAACAAUACAGGAACUGCAAGUACAAAAUGUUUUCCGAGCUGAUUGUGGCGCUUAUGAUAGCAGAGAAGAAUAAUGAACUUCUCAUCAAAAACCACAAUGCUCGGCCUGCAGGAACCAAAGCAUUCCCUGAAGUGAAUGCAGCGGAUGUAAAAAAUCUGGAGAAAAAGGAUGUAAACUAUCCUGAGAAAGGGAAUCAAUCAUAUCGGGGUCGUGGUGGUCGUUUUAAUCGUGGGCGUGGAAGAAAUUACAACUCACGUGGAAGGGGGUCGUUCAAAUGGGUUCGUCCUCAAAAUGAUUCAAAAGGGAAGGAACACCAAGAAAAUUCCACCCAGAAGAGUGAGAAUGUGUGUUAUAGAUGUGGAUCUAAGGGACAUUGGGCCCGUACGUGUCGAACUCCUCCACAUCCUUGUAAGCUGUACAUGAAUUCCACGAAAGGAAAAGGGAAAGAAGUCAAUUUAGCAGAAAACUUCGAGGAUACAUCGUAUCUCGAUUCUCCCUCCUUUGCAAAUGAUUUGGAUUAGACC